AUGGUUUACACUGGAUAUACAAAGUUUUCUGGGUUUAUCUUACUUUUGGGAUUAAUGGGAGGUGUGGGCAACUGCUAUGUUGUGGAACCUCCCAUUAUUCAAGUGGAAAUGGACAAAGCCGGCAUGCAUAGGACGCUCACUUACCGCCUUCGUUUUGACUAUCCCCUAGUGAGCAAGGACUGUGAAUACGCGCUGCAGCAGUCAUUGCCCGCAUCGGUUUACAUAAGCACGGACGAACUGGAUGACCUGCAGCGGCUGAAGAGGUUGAGUGCCGUCUACCCGAAGUUCAUCAACAUUGAAGUGGCUACGGAACGGGCACAGCCCUUCUCCGUCUUACUGCGCGGUACUCCCAAGAUUACGGAGACGUUAGCUCUACCCAUGCAUUUUCGCUACCAUGCCCCCAGCGAUAAGCGAUCGGCGGCGACUGUGGCUAUACCCCUGCCGGAGCUCUAUCUCAACUGCCCAUUGGCUGAUAGUGAGCUCAUCGAGAACGAGUUAGUUGUCCGCCCCGAUAAGCUAUACUGCCUGAAUGCGCCGGAAAGCCGUUUCGAUGAGAACGUCGUCAAGGAUGGCCAGCCGACGACCAUGGCGAAUCUGGAACGCUGCAACUGGAGGCGAGUGCACGUGGACUGCCAGCUUAAAACGCCGCUUCGCGCAGAGAUGCCGGUAGGUCAGGCCAACGCUUACGGUCCAGUGCUAUGCGCCACCAUUCUACUUGGUUGGUCCCUAGCCUUGUGGACCAUCAUUCGUUCGAUGGCCAACACACGACGCAUCAAUCAACGUCUCAAUGAGCAGCGACUGUUGCAACAGAAGGUCAAGUAACAGGCGUCGAAGUCGGUGCGAUUCCAAGUCAACAAUGGUUAAUCAAACGACACAUUCCGGCAAUUACAAGGGCUGUAAAUAUUUAUUAGUAUGCUGUGUGCAUAGACUAUUCGCAUAUUGACAGACUCUUAUCGACUUAAUCACCCUAGAAACGUGCCACUCAUCAUAAAGUCCAAUUUGGACUAAUCACACAACUAAGUCAUAUUAAGCUUCCCUUAGCAUAAGCGUAAACAUAAACCAAUACUUUAAGUUAGAGCUAGGCAUAUCCAAAUAUCGCUGGCACAGACGGCAAGCUACAUAUAAUAACAAUAACUUAUAAUUACUACAA